AUGGCGGAGGCUACCGAACCUUCUGGGCAAAGCCUUAUGAGCCAGUACAAUGUCGUCUUACCCAAGAAGCAGACAACUGACUCUUCUGGCAAGCCUAUACUACCGGAGUGCGACCUCGAUCAAUGUGCUUUGGCAAUAAAAGGGGAAGGGAUACCCGUCGAUCUCAACUCGUUUUGGCAUCGCAGAGCAGUCAUUCGUGGCAUUCGUGAUUCGCUUGAAUUUGCAACAAGUCCAGCAAUUGAUCAGCUAUGCUCCGGCGACGAUGAUCAGGCUCACCAAUUUUCCCGUGCCCGCAAUGCUCGCCUGAUUAUGAGUGAUAAAAUUCCCGAUAUGCAAAAUCCUGCUACUCAACCGUAUUGUAUAUGGUAUCCUGACAUUGCAGCUGAAGAAACAUAUCGUGAAGUUGCCCGUCAGUAUCCAUCUACUAUGCGGUACCAAGUAGGCCGAGCAUGUGCUGCAGCGUCAUAUACAGAUCUUUAUAAAGAAUUGGAUCUUCUACCUGACGUGUCUAUUGCGGAAGAAGCCCGAGAAGUUGAUAAAGACUCUGAAAUCUACAAGAAUAUUAUGUCUUCCCCCCAGCGAUAUGUUGUUAUGGAAGAUUUCUCUCGAUCUAUUCAUCUUGAAAACCCACGAACGCCCGCGUUUCUGAAUGGCGAUAUGAAGCCCCGAUGGGCUUUGGAACAACGAGUUCUCCCAGGUAAAAACUUACCAGAGACGACUGCAGACGAUAUUGAUAUUGAAGAAGAUGGAUUCAUCGGUUUGAAAGAAAUCAAGACAGUGGAGGACUAUAGUAAACUGGGCCCAGGCCAGUCUGAUCAAUUGUGGAUGCCUCUUCCACCUGAUCUCCCAGUUCUCGAAAAGCGCCUUCAGACACAAAUGGCUGCGUGGGAUGGCAAUAUUGAUCGAUACAGUCGAUUGAUGCACCCUCGUAGGCUAAGAACCGAAAUUGAAUACAAUUGUAUUCUUCGUGGCAUUUACCACAGUACAGCCUUUGCUAGAUGGUGGGCCUAUCAGCUGGAAACAAACCCUGGACGCGCUAUCCUCCCAGGUAAAACCUUGAUUGAAGGCAAUACACGCGAGUGCAAAGAGAUUCGCACCGCAAUCAAUGCACGUAUGAUCAUGAACAAUGAUAUUUCUGGCAUUGAGAAUGAUUCCGACUGUCUCCCAUGGCUUAUAUGGCUGCCCGUGAAGCCCUCUGAGGCAACUUUGCUUGAUCUGGCUCGAAAGUGUCCGUCCAUGGGGCACCAAAUUGCGAUUACGUGUGUGAUAUGUGACUACAAGUCGAUAUUCCGAUCGUUGAAGCCUCCCUAUACCGAGCCCUUAUAUGUGGCUGCUAGGCGAAGUGAAAAUCCAUUCUAUCUACAAUACCUUGAGGAAAGAAUGAAGGAGAGGGGCAAGGACAUAGAGACCCCGGACUUUCGCGACUUCAGGAACUUUGAUCGUGUUGCGCCAGGCUUACAGACAGAUCUAGAGCCUAGAGAUGGUUACACUACCGCUAGUGUAGGCUUUCUCGACAUGGGAAUCAGAUAUGGACAAUAUCCUUGCGAUGGUGGUCUGGAUCCAACUCCCGGGACAUAUGGAGGUUGGCUUGGGCAAGCGGGAAGGGUGGAGAGAUACAUGUGGCUGUCAACUGAGACUGCGCAGAGAAUAAAAGAUGAAUUUGAUAAUAUUCUCAUCCCAGGUGCGGAUCUUGGCCUGUUGUUUGAUGAUGAUGACGAUCUUGAAUCAAGGCUUUCAGGUCCAAUACAGCCUAUGAGUUGA